CAUAACACGUCACAUGACCAACGGUCGCGGGAAGACUUUUGAUCACGCUUGUUGGUGGGAGGAGUAGCAGCUCGUCAUUCAAACUACUUUUGUAAACAUUAUUGUCUUUAACGAUGUUGUUUUAGAUGCUUUGACCUUUUUAAAGAGUUUUUCUUUUACGUCGACGUUAAACGUUACAGCAAAAUCAAUAUUUCAGUUUGUAUUUUUACAUAAUUUUCAAACGACAGUGGGGAGUUUUUGGAGCAGCCAUUUUCUUGACCGAUACUACGUCGCCGUGGAAGCUGUAUCACUCUUGUAACUUUGUUAUCAGGAUCUAUAACCUUAAGUGUUGAAACUGAACGUGUUUGGACUUGUCAAGGAGCUAUCAGUUAUCGGGUGAAGAUCCAGAGAGGAGAUUUUCUUCAAAUAACCUUUAUCGGAAGGUUUUCCUUUUGGAUUAAGUUGGAAAUCUCAUCGUUAGUUUUCGGGACCGUUCAUCAGCCCACGAUCAAUCUUAGAUAUGUUUAUCUAAAUUACACCACCUCUGUCAGUUUGCCAGCCGUUUUGGCUGCUUUUUAAUUGUACACACUAUUGUAUUUAACGUUACGUGUUUUAAGUUUCAUUUAUUUUUACACAUCGCGAACUGAACUUUUUGCUGGCAAGAUGAGUUUCAGCCUACGGAGACACGGCAAGUCUCCAAAUAUUAAACCUGUUCGCCAAAAGUUACAGUUUACCGCUAGCGAUGGCGAAGAGGACAGUACGGAAGACGCGAACAACAGCACGGGAGCCGAAUCGGGCUUCACAGAACUGGAUUCUCCCCUCUCCCUGCGGCGCAAUAGUGUGGAUAAGAGGCCAGAAGACCUGGGAAGUAGCCCCCUUAGCCGAACCCGAGACGACGACGAGUCAUGGGAUGAGGAGGGAUUCAGCUCACCGACUCGCGUCAAACCGACAUUUUACAUGAAAAGCUCCCCGUCGCCACGGAAAGGUCCCCAGGCAUACGACAGUUCGCCCGAAAGGGGAUAUAUUCACGAUGACAUGGAUGGAUCAAGCUCCCCUGUCCCGGACUGUCCUGAUACACCACCACAUAAAACCUUCCGAAAACUUCGUCUGUUUGAUACCCCUCACACGCCAAAGAGUUUAUUGUCGAGGGCCAGGACGAUGGGAUCGACGAGCCGAAGAGUCGCCCUGUUCAAGAAUGUGGAUUCCACGAGCAAAGCUUGUCUUGACGGAAGACGAAACCAGACACCUCUAGUAAACAUCAACCCCUUCACCCCAGACUCAAUCCUGAUGCAGUCUUCCACAAUACAAAGAAACAACCGGAAACGAUCACACUGGAAUGACUCUUGUGGGGAGGAUAUGGAAGCAAGUGAUGCUGAGAUGGAGGAUGAACUAAUUCCACCCUCAAAGAGGAUCACUAUGAUGGAGAACAACAUGAUGUCCAGAUAUGCAUCUGAGUUUCAUGAGUUGGAGAAGAUUGGCUCUGGAGAGUUUGGGUCUGUUUUCAAAUGCGUCAAGAGAUUGGAUGGCUGUAUAUAUGCAAUCAAACGUUCCAAAAAGCCGCUGGCAGGCUCCGUGGAUGAGCAAAACGCACUUCGUGAAGUAUACGCACAUGCGGUUCUUGGACAGCACCCCCACGUCGUGAGAUAUUAUUCUGCUUGGGCAGAAGAUGACCACAUGCUGAUUCAGAACGAGUACUGUAACGGUGGAACCCUGUCUGAUGUCAUUGCUGAGAACAAUAGACGCAUACACUUCCUGUCUGAGUUGGAGCUUAAGGAUCUGCUGCUUCAAGUCUCUCGUGGACUCAAGUACAUUCACAAUACAGCACUUGUUCACAUGGAUAUCAAGCCAAGCAAUAUAUUUAUUUCACGCAAACCUGCUGCCAGUGUAGAGGAAUUUGAAGAUGAAGAAGAUGGACCCACCACAAGUGUGGUUUACAAAAUAGGUGACCUAGGUCAUGUGACGAGAGUUAACAAUCCCCAAGUUGAAGAAGGAGACAGUAGAUACCUGGCGAAUGAAGUGCUUCAGGAGGACUACAGUAACCUGAAGAAGGCCGACAUAUUUGCUCUGGCUCUGACAGUGAUCAGUGCUUCUGGAGCAGAGCCCCUUCCUACUAAUGGAGAAAAGUGGCACAAAAUCCGACAGGGUAUCCUGCCCCAUAUCCCACAAGUACUCUCCCAGGAAUUUGUAAGCUUGUUAAAGCUUAUGAUCCAUCCUGACCCAACACGACGACCCUCAACCUCUGACCUUGUGAGGCAUCCUGUUCUGCUGACUGCUUCCAGAAUGAACGCUGACCAGCUACGUGUAGAACUCAAUGCUGAGAAGUUCAAGAACGCACUUUUGCAAAAGGAGCUAAAGAAAGCACAGAUGGCAAAGGCAGCGGCAGAGGAGAGGGUUUUGACCACAGACCGAGUUCUCACACGUUCCACAGUCCAAUCCAGCUCAAGAACGUCUCGACUCAUCGGGAAAAAGAUGAACCGCUCCCUUAGCCUCACCAUUUACUAAACUCCAGAUAAAAGACUUAAGCAGAAUGCCUGUAGCUGGAAGGAUAACUACGUUUGUCCUGUGACUUAUAGUGCUUAUACUGUUGGUUCAAGUACCAUGGGAUAAUCAAAAGACUACUGGCAUCCUCUGCAUAAUUUGUAUUGGCAAUCUAUUUGCCGCAUUGUACACACUGCAGAUCUGCCUUACCAAUUAGGUUUGCCUUGUCAAAAUGUAGAGACAUUUGCCUUAUGAUGGAUGCAUUUUGAAUAUAGUUUCAACUUCCUAAUCUUUGCUUUAAAUUCUGUUGGUAAGGGUCAACACGGUCUCCCUGCACUUGCUUCCCGAUGCAGGCUUCACCAAACGGGAAAUGUGUGUCCCCUGUACAGCCCUCAUAUGUGAAUGUACCAGAUCAAAGAUUUGUGCACCUUACUGCCUGUGGAAAAAUGUCUGUUGGGCUUUGGAAGUUGGAGUUAGAUUGCCAUUAAAAUUAGCACUUUGGAGGCAAUGGCAAGCUUGCCAGGGAAAGCCUGCUGCUAUUCAUGUUCGUCUGUAUCCAUUUAGGGUUGUAAAAUAUUUUUUUUUUUUAGGUUGUAUUUUCCCAUCCAAGCAAACAAUGUUUUAUAUCUUCAAAACUGUCUGUGCUCCAGUGUCAUAUUUUUGCAAGGCCACCCUUGUUUCUGCCAAACUCUGACCAAUAUUUAAUUUCACCAUGUUACAAAUGUGUAUAUAAAACUGGAAGCAGAUGGUAUCAAUGUACACAAAUCUCCAACCCACGUAGCAUUAGACAAUCCUCAUGUUCAUUGGAUGUCGUCAGUUAAUUUUUUACAUUCUCCUGGGUACUGUUUAGGU